CCACAAUAUACGCUGGCGGCCCCUUUGUGCUAUCAGCUAAUUUAGUCGUGGCUCUGGCCUUAACGGCAAUAACACUUAGCGAAUAAUUAUAGGCGCAUCCAGACGCCAACCUCGGUGGUCUUGCUUACACGCUGUCACGCCGGUCAGAGAACUAUUCCCAGUACGGGCUUGAGUAUUCCGACGAUUUCCUCCCCGUAACGGUGCCGCGACGGCUUAAACAGGCCGCCGUAACUACCAAGCGCCCACAAACUCUGGACAUGGAAUCCUACUGCGCCCGAUUCACCAGCAAAGAAUCUGCCUUCAUUAUUCUCUGCGGCACCAUGGACAACCAGCUACCUUGCCGUCUUUACUGAAUAACCCGACCCACGUCUUCCGCAUCGAGACGGGGCGGGCUCGCAAUCAUGACUUCGGCUAUAGUUACUCCCGUUAUGCCACAUAAUGGCAUUUGCCUUAGCCUAGAAGAUGUCAAGACGGCGUUUAAGCCAGAUAACCAUGUUAAUACCUAUCCCACGGCCAUCGUCAGCCUCGAAAACACGUUGCAAGGGACCAUUAUGCAGCUCAUCGAAGAGGUCCGAUAUAUUUCGACUUUUGCACGAAAUAACGAAAUUAAAAUGCACUACGAUAGGGCGAGAUUACAAGAGGCUAUUGCAGCUAGGGCUAGCGACUUUAAGGAUCAAGCGGCGUGUUUCGAUACAGUUAGCCUAUGUUUCUCCAAGGGGCUAGGGGCGAUGGGGGGGAAUAUUUAGGCUGGGGAAGCUAAGGUGAUCAGAAAGGCAAGGCACGCGGAAGGCGAUAAGGGGCGGGGUGCGUCGGGGCGUGGCGUUUGCUGCUGCUGUGAGAGUUGCGGUGAAGGAGACUUUCGAGGGCCGGUGCUUGAGAGAUCUCACGAAACGGCUCGGAAGGUACAGGCGAUGUGGAAGGGUUUAGUGGGUAGGACGAGGUAACCGGUGGAGACGAAUGUUGUUUGGCUUGAUCUUGAG